AUUAUUUUUUUUUAGAACAAAAUCGGCAAUUAGGGAGCAUUUAAUGAAGACAUCGCAUGCGUAGAUGUAGGUUAGUUUAUUCGACAUUUAAAAAGAAAAAGGCAAUUGCUUUUUUUUUCUGAUUGCCAGUUUUUACUUUGUGCAUUUUUUUUCUGGAGGACCACAGGACUGGUUGGAUUAUAGAAACUAUAUAUAAGGAUUUGUGGAGAUGUUGGGUCGUCAAGAAGAUAAAUUAUGUGGAAUUUCCUCUGCUCUGGCGGCUUUGUCCUUCUUAUGCUUUGUUCAAAGCUCCUCCACUGGAAGCACCGGAAUGUCUGUGGCCAAGACUACCGUGGACAAGUUGCUGAAGGGAUAUGACAUCCGUUUAAGGCCUGAUUUUGGAGGUCCUCCAGUCAUCGUAGGAAUGAGCAUCAACAUAGCAAGCAUCGACUCCAUCUCAGAAGUAAACAUGGACUACACCAUCACAAUGUAUUUCCAGCAGAGCUGGCGAGAUAAGCGUUUGGCGUAUGGUGAGCUGAAACUAAACCUGACUCUGGACAACCGUGUAGCAGACCAGCUUUGGCUCCCUGACACCUACUUCCUUAAUGACAAGAAGUCCUUUCUUCACGGCGUGACAGUAAAAAAUCGUAUGAUCCGACUGCACCCUGAUGGCACCGUCUUAUACGGGCUGAGAAUAACUACCACUGCUGCUUGCAUGAUGGACUUGAGGAGGUACCCUCUUGAUGAACAGAACUGCACCCUGGAAAUUGAAAGCUACGGAUAUACCACAGAUGACAUCGUAUUCUUCUGGCAAGGAGGAGACGACGCUGUGACGGGAGUUGACAAAUUAGAGUUACCUCAGUUCUCCAUCGUAGACAUCCGCUUGGUGUCCAGGGCGGUCAGGUUUACUACAGGUUCAUAUCCAAGACUUUCGCUGAGUUUCAGGAUUAAGAGGAACAUUGGAUAUUUCAUCCUGCAGACAUAUAUGCCCUCCAUCUUGAUCACCAUCCUCUCCUGGGUCUCUUUCUGGAUCAAUUAUGAUGCCUCUGCAGCUCGGGUGGCCCUGGGUGUGACAACGGUGCUUACCAUGACAACAAUUAACACCCACCUUAGGGAGACUCUCCCAAAGAUUCCGUAUGUGAAAGCCAUCGACGUCUACCUCAUGGGCUGUUUUGUGUUUGUGUUCCUGGCCCUGCUCGAAUAUGCCUUUGUAAAUUACGUGUUCUUUGGCCGGGGCCCUGCGCAACAGAAGAAAAUCAAUGAGAGGCUGAACAAAGCCAACAACGAGCGCACAAGAUAUGAAGAGAAGCCCCUGAGGGAACAGGACUCCAUUUCCGUGCCGUUUCAAACCAACACCUUCAGGUCAUUUACACAGCGAAGAAAUCUGUAUCACGAGGAACAAAGAAAAGUUGGGGUGGAUGCUUACGGAAACAUCCUCCUCACCACGCUGGAAAUGAACAACGAAGUGAUGCCUUCUGACGUGGGAAGCAGCGUCAGUGACUCUCGGAAUUCAGUCAUGUCCUUCGACAGCUCCGGGGUCCAAUUCAGGAAGCCGAUGGCGCCCCGAGAUGGCUUCAGCCACCACUCGCUGGACCGGAGCCACCACUCGCUGGACCGGAGCGCCAUGCGGAGCCGGGCCAACUGUCGGCUACGGCGACGCUCCUCCAAGCUCAAGUUGAAAAUCCCAAACCUGUCAGAUGUUAGCACCAUUGACAAGUGGUCCCGGGUCAUUUUCCCUAUCACCUUUGGAUUUUUCAACCUAAUCUACUGGUUGUACUAUGUGAAUUGAUGUGCAUCCCACUAGGAAUCAUGGGCCAUAUUUUGAGAGCACAUUAAAUUGGCUUUGAUACAGUUCCAAAAUAUGUAUACACAUAUACAAGUUGAACAUAUGUAUAUGCAUAUUUCUAUAUAUUAUAUUUAUAUAUACACAUGUGAAAUCUGAAGGACCUUUCUGCUGUACAAAGUAUUAAUAGGAUGACUUGAAUGUUUAAGAAUAAUUGUGAGAGAAGAAUUUCAAGGCUUUGAGUUUCUUUUUCCUCCUGAAAGAAACAAACCAACCAACAAACAAACCAACCAACCAACAAACAAACAAACAAACAAACAAACAAACAAACAAACAAGCAAACAAACACGAGAUCCCAACAGGGGUUUUUGGAACUAAAGACUGCAUGAUAUUUUUGCUAAAAAAAAAACAAGAAAAAAGAGAAAGUGAAAGCUCUUGAGAGAGAAAAGAUGUCUCAGAGUCCCAUUGACUUUUUAUUGAUACUUAUUGUGAUCAAAAAUCCUCUACUGCAGCUCAUGAAAUCAAUGGUGGCUCGUCUGUUCAGGCAUCAGCUGAGUGAGAUCCUUGACACCCCCCCAACCUUUCCCUCCUACUACUACCACCACCACCACCCCUAAAACCCCCCGCCGUCCUCACCAGACCCACCCCGCCUCCACAACACUACCCCUCCCCUUUACCCACCACCACCACCACCAUUGCCCAUGGAUAACAUGCACGGAAAUCUCCGGUUCUACUAUGUACAGCAACCUUGUUUGGAUUAUGUGUUGUUCCUUGGGUUUUUUGAAGUGAUAUCGUUCUCUUUAUCAGACAUCAGCUCUGGCCUAAUGGUCUCCAUUGAGUGGGGCCGUGUGGAUGGGAUGUUUGACCGCCGCAUUCCCGCACCAGAGUCAACGCAAACUUGUAUUCCUUUCUCUUCUCAUGUUAUUUUUAGAAAAAACACGUCCUUGGGGGAGGGUUGGGGGUCUUUUUUCAUUAUG